AUGGGAGAGGAGAUCAGGGUGAAGCUGAGGGACCAACGAGACAUGGUGCUGACGAGGGACCAAGGGACCAUGGUGAGAACACAGGCUCAGGUGACCAAGCAACCUACAUGGACCAUUUGUGUUGUCAUCCAGAUCAACUUGAAGGUAACGCAGAGGUCAUUCAAGCAGAGAAUCCAGCAGCGAGAGAAAGACCUUCAGCAGUUGAAGGAGGCUGUGGAGUCCUAUAAGCGCUCUGCACAGACAGCCGUGGAGGAAAGUGAGAGGAUCUUCACUGAGCUCAUCCGCUCCAUUGAGAGAAGCCGCUCUGAGGUGACACAGCGGAUCAGAGAUCAGGAACAGGCUGCGCUGAGUCGAGCCGAAGUAGGACUGGAGCAACUGGAGCAGGAGAUCAAUGAUCUGAGGAUGAGAGACGCCGAGCUGGAGCAGCUUUCACACACACAGGAUCACAUCCAGUUCCGGCAGAGUUUCCAGUCUCUCUCAGCACCUCCCGAAUCUACAGAGGUACCCAAAAUCCCCUUCAGUUCUCUCUUCUCUUUUGAUGGCCUGAGAGAAUCUGUCCGUCAGCUGGGAGAGAAACUGGAGGAUUUCUGCAAAGAGGAGAUAAAAAAGAUCUCAGACAGAGUCACAUUCACCAACAUUGUUUCUAAGACCAGGAACGACCUCUUACAAUAUUAUCAUCAGCUCACUCUGGAUCCGAACACAAUGAAUAGACAACUUGUUCUGUCAGAGAAGAACAGCGUGAUUACUCACACCAACAGAGAUCAGCCGUAUCCUGAUCAUCCAGACCGAUUUCAUAAUGGGCUUCAGGUGUUGUGUAGAGAGAGUGUGUGUGGACGCUCUUACUGGGAGAUUGAGUGGAGUGGACAAGUGUAUAUAGCAGUGUCAUAUAAGAGCAUCAGCAGGAAGGGACAGUAUAAUGAUUGUCGGUUCGGAUCUAAUGAUCAGUCGUGGAGUUUGGACUGCUUUGACUACAGUUACUCAUUCAGACACAAUAACAUAGAGACUAAACUCACUGUAAAGCCCAUCAGCAGUAGAACAGGAGUGUGUGUGGAUCCCAGUGCAGGAACUCUGUCCUUCUACAGCGUCGACAGAGACACAAUGAUCCUCAUACACACAGUCCAGACCACAUUCACUCAGCCGCUCUAUCCGGGGUUUUGGGUUGGUUCUGUAUCAUCAGUGAAACUGUGUUGAUGAAUCAGAAUAGAUUAUACAGAUAUUCUACCCAUAAUACUUUGAGCUGCAUGAUAAAUCGGCAACAGUGAAAUGUUAUCCAUGUCAGGUAAGAGUGGGCACAGCCAUUUGUCUGGCUUAGGUUGUCAUUCACUUCCAGUUAGUUUUAGCUGUAUAAAACAGCUUGUUAUAAUAAAUGAAUAAUAAAUCCCCUGAAAUGAGAUAUGAUGUGUGAAAGAUAAGAUUUUUAUGGACGAUCUUUUAGUUAAAUAUCUGCAAUGAGAUCACGGCAGUAAGGUUCGCAAAUCUGAGAAGAAGGAAGAGAAGGUGCUUGCGGGGACCUCCUGCUGAGACUUAAUUUUCCCAACAUAGACCGAUCUGCCGUGGCCAACAAAUUGUGAACAAAUUAAAGAAGACUGUGAAAAGUUGUAUGAGUCGGUUGAAUAUGAAAUGUUUCAUUUGCAAGACAAGCUUGAACUGCAAACCGAAGGGUCACUGUUUAAAACCGAAUGUGAUUUCAUGAUGUGAUGUCUGCUGUUGAGGCCCUGUUCAUUCUGCAAGAGACACUUCAACACCUUCUGCCCUGACUGUAAAAUGUGAGAGGUCAGGGUGGGUUCUCAACGGCUAUUAAAGGGGUGGAUACUCCACCCAAAAAUGAAAA